AUGCGUCACUUGCUUAGUACAAAAGGUGUUAUUUGGUACUCUCAAUGGAAAGAAUGCAGACUCAUUCAAGAAUGUGUAUAUUUCAACAAUCUUCUGAUGAUAGCUCAACUAUUUUCUGUUGGCAUUUGGUCUGGACAUUUGAUCCAGACAUUUGACAUUGGGUCUUUGUUUUGCAUUCUUGGUUUUGGGUUCUUGAUUUUAGACCAGAUUUAUUCUUUGGAAAUAGAGAAUCAUAUUGCUAUGGAUAGCAUUUACAUAAUUGUUGGUAUACUUCAACUUUUGAUGGUUGUCAUCAUCAUUGUUUUGCAUCUAAAGAUUAAUAAGCUGAUGAUUAGCAUCGCGCAAUAA